AAGGGGAAGGAGGCCCGGCGACGGGGAGGGAUACAGGCGCCGCACAGGGUGAACGGGCGGGCCGGCUGGCCCAGUGGAAUCGCCGCGGUGGCCGAGAGUUUAGUGAGAGGCAGAGUAAGCUGGUGGCAGGCUGUAGAAUUGGAACAAACUAGGUCAGUUUCACGUGAUGUUCCUGCUCAGGGUGCAUUGAAAGUUAUAUAAUCUGGCACUGAUGUCCUUGCACAAUUUUGAAUGAUAGUGUCUAGAAAGGGUAUGUCCCUUAAGGAGAGAGGUGCCAAUGUCCAACCGGCCUAAUUACAAUACAGGGGGGUCACUGCGACGUUCACAGAGGAACACUGCCGGGGCCCAGCCACAAGACGAAGCAGCAGGAGGAAGAUCACAGUCAGAGGAGAGAAACCAGAUUCCAAGGACGACAACUGCUAAAGCAACAAAAUUGCAGUCAGACACUACCUCUGGUCAAUCCAGAGGGCGUGUGUCGCGAAGGAAUUCCAGGAGCUGUAGCUCUUCAUCGGUCGCAUCUGUGCCACAGCAAGAAGAUAGAAUUAGGUCUGAUAGACCCAAAACGGGACAAACUAAAAGGGACAACUCGAAAAGCAGCCUAAGAGGCGUAAAGCGUGGUCCAAGUCCUGAUUACAGCAGUUCAAACUCAACCUGCUCUGCGAAAAGAUCCAAAGCCCUUCAAUCCACUGAGAAUCCUACUGAAACGCAAAAACACAAGCUGCAAACUAAGUCCCCAAAGAAAAGGAAACCUGUGCAGGAUCAAAUAAGAACUGCUCCAGCAGCAUCAACUAGUAAGGCCCAGAGCAGAAAACAGACUGGGUCUGUUGGUGCUUCCCCUUUUCAAAAAAGGAAAAAGCUUGAACCUGCUGCAUCUAUAAGUGAUUCUCUGCCUGACUCGAUCAGUGCUGAAGAGAGAUCUGCUAAACCAACCAAGCUGGCUUCAAAAUCAGCGACCUCAGCCAAAGCUGGGUGCAGCACUGUCACUGAUUCUUCUUCCUCUGCCUCCACAUCAUCUUCCUCCUCUGCUGCUGUGCCUCAGGGAGCCAGGCUAAAACAAGGAAAAGAUCAGAAUAAAGCUCGUCGUUCUCGCUCAGCCUCCAGUCCCAGCCCUCGCAGAAGCAGUCGGGAAAAGGAGCAGAGCAAAACUGGUAGUUCCUCCAAAUUUGAGUGGGCUGCUCGCUUCAGCCCUAAAGUUAGUCUGCCAAAAGCAAAACUGUCACUCCCAGGAUCUUCUAAAUCGGAGACUUCAAAACCCGGGCCUUCAGGCCUCCAAGCAAAGUUAGCCAGCUUGAGAAGGUCUACCAAGAAGCGCAGUGAAUCGCCACCAGCAGAGCUCCCCAGUUUGAGGCGGAGCACACGGCAAAAGACCACGGGCUCCUGUGCUAGUACCAGUCGGCGAGGCUCUGGCCUGGGCAAAAGAGGAGCAUCUGAGGCUCGCCGACAGGAGAAGAUGGCAGAUCCUGAUAACAACCAGGAUGGAGCAAAUUCUUCUGCACGCACAGAAGACGUACCUCAAGGAGCAUCGGCGUCUAGUUCUGUUGCCGGAGCCGUGGGAAUGCCAACCUCUGGAGAGAGCGAGUCAGAUGAUUCGGAGAUGGGCCGAUUACAAGCUUUAUUGGAGGCACGUGGCCUUCCACCCCACCUUUUUGGUCCUCUCGGUCCACGAAUGUCCCAGCUUUUUCAUAGAACAAUUGGAAGUGGAGCAAGUUCCAAGGCACAGCAGCUUCUACAGGGUCUACAGGCUACUGGAGAUGAGAGCCAGCAACUUCAAGCAGUUAUUGAAAUGUGCCAGUUAUUGGUAAUGGGAAAUGAAGAAACCCUGGGAGGAUUUCCAGUGAAGAGUGUUGUCCCAGCAUUGAUAACUUUGUUGCAAAUGGAGCACAACUUUGACAUUAUGAACCACGCUUGCAGAGCAUUGACUUACAUGAUGGAAGCUCUACCUAGGUCAUCGGCUGUGGUUGUUGAUGCCAUUCCAGUCUUCCUUGAAAAGCUGCAAGUCAUCCAGUGCAUUGAUGUAGCUGAGCAAGCAUUGACUGCUCUGGAAAUGUUAUCACGAAGACACAGUAAAGCCAUCCUACAAGCUGGAGGAUUGGCUGAUUGCUUGCUGUACUUGGAAUUCUUCAGCAUCAAUGCACAGCGAAAUGCUUUGGCAAUUGCAGCAAACUGUUGUCAAAGUAUUACUCCUGAUGAAUUUCACUUUGUGGCUGAUUCAUUGCCUCUGUUAACUCAGAGACUGACCCAUCAGGACAAGAAAUCCGUUGAAAGUACUUGCCUGUGCUUUGCUCGACUGGUGGACAACUUCCAGCAUGAAGAAAAUCUGCUGCAGCAGGUAGCAUCUCGGGAUUUGUUGACAAACAUACAGCAGCUCCUGGUGGUGACUCCUCCAAUUCUUAGCUCUGGCAUGUUUAUAAUGGUGGUCCGCAUGUUCUCAUUGAUGUGUUCAAACUGCCCCACUCUGGCUGUGCAGCUGAUGAAGCAAAAUAUUGCAGAAACACUGCGUUUUUUACUUUGUGGCGCUUCAAGUGGCAGCUGCCAAGAACAAAUUGACCUUGUACCAAGAAGUCCACAAGAACUCUAUGAGCUUACUUCCCUUAUCUGUGAAUUGAUGCCUUGUCUACCCAAAGAAGGAAUUUUUGCUGUUGAUACCAUGCUCAAGAAGGGAAGUGCACAAAAUACAGAUGGUGCAAUAUGGCAAUGGCGUGAUGACCGAGGUCUGUGGCAUCCAUACAACCGAAUCGAUAGUCGCAUAAUAGAGGCGGCCCAUCAAGUGGGUGAGGAUGAAAUAAGCUUGUCAACAUUGGGUCGAGUUUAUACUAUUGACUUUAACUCUAUGCAGCAGAUCAAUGAGGACACUGGGACAGCCCGUGCUAUUCAGAGAAAACCCAAUCCAUUGGCCAACACGAAUACUGGUGGUCACUCUGAAACCAGGAAGGAUGAUGCACGUGCUCAACUAAUGAGGGAGGAUCCAGACCUGGCUAAAUGCUUUAUAAAGACAUUGUUUGGUGUGUUGUAUGAAGUGUAUAGUUCGUCAGCUGGACCUGCUGUCAGACACAAGUGCCUUAGAGCAAUUCUUAGAAUAAUUUAUUUUGCUGAUGCUGAACUUCUAAAGGAUGUUCUAAAAAAUCAUGCUGUCUCCAGCCACAUCGCGUCCAUGUUAUCAAGUCAAGAUUUCAAGAUCGUAGUAGGAGCACUUCAGAUGGCAGAAAUUUUAAUGCAGAAGUUACCAGAUAUUUUCAGCGUUUACUUCAGAAGAGAAGGAGUGAUGCACCAAGUGAAAAACUUAGCCGAGUCUGAGACUCUGCUGACCAGCCCGCCCAAGGCAUGCAGUAGUGGGAUAGGAAGUCUGGGCACAACGGCUACAAUUAGCACAGCUACAGCUGCAAGCAAUACCAUUCCUGAUCUAGGAUCUCCCAGCUUCCAAAGUAUGGACGACUCUUUGGAUUUAAGCCCCCAGGGACGAUUAAGUGAUGUCUUAAAGAGGAAAAGAUUGCCAAAACGUGUAACCAGGAGGACGAAGAAGUACUCGCCUCCAAGAGAUGAUGACAAAGUAGACAAUCAAGCAAAGAGUCCUACAGCUGCCCAGUCACCUAAAUCUUCCUUCCUAGCAAGUUUGAAUCCCAAAACAUGGGGAAGGCUAAGCACACAGUCAAAUAGCAACAAUGCUGAACCAGCACGCACUGCCGGAGUAAGUGGCAUUGCACGGGUCACCUCAAAGGAUACCAUGUCCAAUAACAGAGAGAAGAUAAAAGUGUGGAUAAAGGAACAAGCCCAUAAAUUUGUUGACCGUUACUUCACCUCAGAGAAUGUGGAUACAAGCAAUCCAGCACUGAAUGUUCUUCAGAGACUUUGUUCUGCCACUGAGCAACUAAGUUUGCAGGUGGAUGGAGGAAUUGAGUGCCUUUUAGAAAUUCGCUCAAUAGUCUCGGAGUCUGAUGUGUCGUCCUUUGAAAUUCAGCACAGUGGUUUUGUAAAACAACUGCUGUUGUAUUUGACGUCAAAAAGUGAUAAAGACCUUGUGAACCGAAAUGUCAGAUUGAGAAGGUUUCUUCACGUUUUCUACGGUUGUCCUCCUCCAGGAGACGAACCUCUUGAUCGACUUGAACCUCUUGGAAACGGGCCUUUGCUUGCAUUGGUGCACAAAAUGAACAAUUGUCUGAGUCAGAUGGAGCAAUUUCCAGUGAAGGUGCAUGAUUUCCCGAGUGGAAAUGGAACAGGAAGCAGGGGCUCCCAGGCUCUGAAAUUCUUCAACACGCAUCAGUUGAAAUGCCAGCUGCAGAGACAUCCGGACAGUACCAAUGUCAAGCAAUGGAAGGGUGGUCCAGUGAAGAUUGAUCCAUUGGCUUUAGUACAGGCUAUUGAGCGUUAUCUUGUUGUCAGAGGUGGUGGCUGCUUUAUUUCAGUAUUAAGCAGUAACAUUUUUCUCUCCUUUAUGUUAUGUGGAAGAAUACGUGAAGAGGAUGAAGAUAGUGAUGAUGAUGGCUCAGAUGAUGAAAUUGAUGAAUCAUUGGCUGCCCAGUUCUUGAAUUCGGGGAGUGUAAGGCACAGACUGCAGUUUUACAUAGGAGAUCAUUUGUUGCCUUAUAACAUGACUGUUUACCAAGCUGUCAGGCAGUUCAGUGUGCAAGCUGAUGAGGAAAGAGAAUCUACUGAUGACGAGAGUAAUCCAUUAGGACGGGCAGGAAUAUGGACGAAAACCCACACGAUAUGGUACAAACCUGUUAGAGAAGAGGAAGAAGGAAAUAAGGAUACAGUUGGUGGGAAGCGAGGAAGAGCUCAGUCUGCACCUACAAAAACCUCGCCCAGAAACGCAAGGAAACAUGACGAGCUGUGGCAUGAUGGUGUGUGUCCUGCAGUGGGAAAUCCUUUGGAAACCUACAUGAUUUCAAUUCCUCCAGAUGGUAUAACAUUUGAAGACCCAUCACUGGAUGUAAUUUUGCUUCUGAGAGUCCUUCACGCUAUCAGUAGAUACUGGUAUUACUUGUAUAAUAAUGCAGUUUGUAAAGAGAUUAUUCCCACGAACGAAUUGAUCAAUAGCAAAUUGACAGCAAAGGCUAACCGCCAGCUUCAAGAUCCUUUGGUUAUUAUGACAGGAAACAUACCAACAUGGUUGACAGAGUUGGGAAGGACCUGCCCAUUCUUUUUCCCAUUUGACACUCGGCAAAUGCUGUUUUAUGUGACUGCAUUUGAUCGUGAUCGAGCCAUGCAGAGAUUACUGGACACUAAUCCAGAAAUCAACCAGUCAGAUUCCCAGGAUAGCAGGGUUGCUCCUCGUUUGGAUAGGAAAAAGCGCACAGUGAACCGGGAAGAGCUAUUGAAACAAGCAGAAUCGGUGAUGCAGGAUUUGGGGAGCUCCAGGGCAAUGCUGGAGAUACAGUAUGAAAAUGAAGUUGGCACAGGUCUGGGUCCGACAUUGGAAUUCUAUGCACUUGUAUCUCAGGAACUGCAGAGAGCUGAUCUCGGUCUGUGGCGGGGGGAUGAAGUUUCACUGUCGCACCCUAAAGGCAUCCAAGAAGGGACCAAAUAUGUCCAUAAUCCCCGUGGCCUCUUCCCUGUUCCUUUUGGAAGAAACACAAAACCAGCAUAUGUCGCCAAAGUAAAAAUGAAGUUGCGAUUUCUUGGCAAGUUCUUGGCCAAAGCAAUCAUGGAUUUUCGACUGUUAGAUUUGCCCCUCGGCUUAUCAUUUUACAAGUGGAUGCUCCGACAGGAAAAUUCCCUUUGCUCCCAUGACCUUUUCAACAUUGAUCCAGUAGUAGCAAAAUCAAUUUGUCACCUUGAGGACAUCAUAAAACAAAAAAAGAAAUUGGAACAAGAUCGAUCGCAGAGCAAAGAAUGUCUUCAGCAAGCUCUGGAAAGCCUAAACAUGAAUGGCUGCUCUGUGGAAGAACUAGGCUUGGAUUUCACACUACCUGGGUAUGCUAAUGUUGAACUGAAGAAAGGAGGGAAGGACGCAGUUGUCACCAUACAUAAUUUGGAAGACUAUCUGAGGCUUGUGGUUUACUGGACCCUGAAUGAAGGUGUUUCCAAGCAGUUUGAAUCUUUUCGAGAUGGCUUCGAGUCUGUUUUUCCACUCCAUCACUUACAGUAUUUUUACCCAGAGGAGUUGGAUCAACUGCUCUGCGGCAGCAAGUCUGAAGCAUGGGAUGUGAAAACUUUGAUGGAGUGUUGCAGACCAGAUCAUGGAUAUAAUCAUGACAGCCGUGCAGUGAAGUUUCUCUUUGAAAUACUCAGUAGUUUUGAUGGUGAGCAACAAAGACUAUUUCUUCAAUUUGUAACUGGAAGUCCCCGGCUUCCUGUAGGAGGGUUUCGGAGUUUGAACCCUCCACUGACCAUUGUCCGCAAGACCUUUGAGUCUACCGAAAACCCUGAUGAUUUCUUACCCUCUGUAAUGACCUGUGUUAAUUAUCUCAAGUUGCCAGAUUACUCCAGUAUCGACAUAAUGCGUGAAAAACUUUUAAUAGCUGCCAGAGAAGGGCAGCAGUCGUUCCAUCUCUCCUGAUCACAGCAUCUGAAUCUUCAAGCUGCCUGUUACAACAAAUGACAAAAAUCAUGAUUUAUUUUCUAAGUAUAUCACUGCAUCAAGGCAAUGUGUACAGCGUACCUGUUGUAGAAAUGGCUUGGUAUGCUACAAUUCUUCAACAAAAAGACAUGGAUGGUAUAUUUAUUAAAAUAGCCCCUACGGACUGAAAUUGAAAAAGACCCCAAAGUUAAUGCAAGAUUUAAACAAAUAAAUUCAUAAAGAAAUUCUUGUUAAUUUAACAAUUAUUUGGGUGCAGUUUUUAAAUCGCUUUUUUGCUGUGUGGUAUUCAAAUUCAAAAGAAUGGGAUGUUUAUCUUCCAGGAUGACGGAACAAUAAAAUGUCACUGUGCAGUUUGAUAUUGGUGUGUAUAUCCAUCUGGAGCUUACAUUUCUGGUGAUUUUUUUUUUUUGUUUCCAAAGAUUAAUAUGUACAAACAUACAGAAAUGACUCGCUUAUACCUUGCAUAAAAUAAUUUAACCUCUGGUUAGUGUCAUUUGCAUUUUUCUUGUCAAUCUUCGCCCUCUCCUUCAUCUGGUUUGUCUUUUUCUGUUUAACUCAUCUGCACUUGUGUGAUGUAACAUAGGGUUCUGCUUUUGUGUGUGAUGUUUCCUAACCCCACGAUGCAACCAUAGGUUAAGGUGGGAGCUUGAAGAUUUAAGCUUUACUUAACCGACAUCGCCCUCAAUUGUAUCAUAGUCUAAAAUUUAUUCCUCUUUACAAUAUUCAGAUUCUAGUACUUGCCCAUAGUUUUAUUGUGAAACAAUAGGACUGUUGGCAGAAGCCUUUAAUCACACACUAGAAUUGUUUACAGAAUGAUUUCAGGCAACAAUUCUCAACAAUACUGAGGAAACUUUUUCUUUUUAACCCCCUUAAAUUCGGUAGUUUAAACCAAUGUCAAGCUGGUUAGUCUGUUAUUUAAGGGUGUAAAACUUUAAAAGAAAAGUUCCACUUGCUGUUAUAGUUGGACAGUUGCUUUAUCUUGUUUAAUUUACCUUGUUGUAGUUCACUUAAUUGUUUUUGCACUGCUAGCUUUGAACAAAAGUAAUAGUUGAGCUCUCUUGGUUUGAUAAGGAUAGUGCACCCUGUAAACAAUGCUCUGUCCAACUGUUCAUGUGCUGGUUUCUGAAAUCUGCAAUAACUACUUCAUCAGGUUAAUGUUUUUACCUGAACAUAAAUAAAUAAAAUGUUUGACUCAG